CGGGUCGCCUUCUCGCCGGCUCCGCGCUCGUCGCCCCUUCCCCGCUUAAGGUGGCCCCCGCGGGAUGCGCGGCGCGCAGGAGCCGGCUGCGGGCGGCCCUGGACGCUCCCCCCACCCCCCGCCACGGGGGUGGCCUUAAAUCGGCUCCGCGCCGCGCGUAACCGCAUCGCCGCUGCCGCCGUCUGAAGGCGGUCGCCGAGCAGCUACCGGCAGCACCGACGGGCCGGUCCCCGUCCCGGUCCCACCGCCCAGGGAGGACACCCCUCCGCCCGGCGGCGGGCGAUGCUUCCCCGGCAGCCUCCGGCAUCUCCGCCCUGACCGGCGCAUCUCGCCAGGUAGAGAGAUGCCUGGGCAUUGGAAGCUCUCUGCAGCAUGCUGAGGAGACGUAACCUUCUUACCACGCUCCUGAUCGCCUUGCCAUGGGCUCUUCUCCUAACCUUGUGGCACCAGUAUCCAACCACCCGCUACCUCAGCCUGCUGAGAAAAGAGACAGAUGAGAACGUGACCUCUAAAGCUCUUCUCAAUGGUACAUCUGCACUGAGAGAAGAAGGCCUCCCAUCAUGCAUUCGGCAGCAGCAAAGCAUAGGAGCAACGCCUAAAGUCAUCCAGAAUUAUGUGUACUCCAGGCCUCCCCCAUGGUCAGACACCCUGCCGACCAUCUUCGUUAUCACCCCUACCUACACUCGGCCAGUGCAAAAAGCUGAGCUGACCCGUCUGGCCAACACCUUCCUACACGUACAGAACCUGCACUGGGUGGUAGUGGAGGACUCACCCAGGAGGACCAACCUGGUAUCCAACCUGCUGGAGAAGGCAGGGCUCAACUUCACCCAUCUCAAUGUGGAGACGCCCAAGAGUUUGAAGCUGGGACUGUCCUGGAUCCCAUCCCACACCCCAAGGGGGACACUGCAGAGGAACCUGGGGCUGCACUGGCUGAGGGACAGCUUCAGCAACACAGCACCACCAGAAGGGGUAGUGUAUUUUGCCGAUGAUGAUAACACCUACAGCCUGGAGCUCUUUGAAGAGAUGCGCUACACCAGGAGAGUGUCGGUCUGGCCGGUGGCUUUCGUUGGGGGGCUGCGAUAUGAAUCCCCAAAAGUGAGCCCAGCAGGGAAGGUGGUGGGCUGGAAAACCGUCUUUGACCCUAACCGGCCCUUUGCUAUUGACAUGGCUGGAUUUGCUAUCAGCAUCAAGCUGAUUUUGGAGAAGCCUCAGGCCAGUUUCAAGCUGGAGGGAGUGAAAGGAGGCUACCAGGAAACCAGUCUGCUGAAGGAUCUAGUGACUAUGGACGGGCUGGAGCCCAAAGCAGCCAACUGCACAAAGGUGUUGGUCUGGCACACAAGAACUGAGAGGCCCACUCUGGUUAACGAAGGCAAGCGUGGAUUUACAGACCCCAGAGUAGAGGUGUAAGCAGAGAGCCAGCUCCAGGGUAGGCAGCGGGCAGUGAUUGUUCCCAAAGCCUGACAGCAACCACCGCUGCUGCGUGCCCUGCCUGUCCUGCCCACCCCUCUGCCCUGCUGCUGGAGGAUGAUGAACACCCCCAAAAUUCGCCACAGCGAUCAGCCCCCGCUGCCCGAAAAGCAGCAAUGAGCAGGGACAGAGCUGGUGUGGUGCCCUGCCAUCCUACAGCUCCUGCACCUCUGACUUCAUGCACUGGCUCCCCUUCCCCGGCGGGCUCUGUGGUUUUAACCCGUUGUUAAGAUUUAUUAGAUGCGAUCUCCAUUCUCAGCUGUGCCAGCGGAGAGGCUGAAGUACAGGAUGAGUGCGGGUGCCCAUGAAGGUCUGUCCUGGCGUAUCGUGGGACCUGAGCUUCAGCAUAGAAGCUGUGGGCUGCAGUGGUUCAAGGACAGGAGCUGUCAAAAAAGCACAAACAUGGACCUGUUGCCCCGAGGCUGGUAUGCUCUCAAAACAGCUUUAAAACAAAGCUAGCCUGAGAGAGGCUCUCCCUCUGAAGGACGCACUCAGGCACCUACAUGGAUCAGCCUUCACUGUUGGGGAGGGAGCUGUGCUGAAGCACCUCAUUUUGGGUUUGGGUGUUCAGAUGGGAUCUGAUGUCUACGCCUUGGCUGAGAAUUUGAACUGCCUUCACUCAAGGUUGUUUUGGGAAAUGCUGUCCCAGAUCCCCAGGCCCAGAGCCCUCUGGAUAAAGUUCCUCUCCUGCUCAGGGAGACCUGGCGGGUACUGUACCUCAAAGGCCAUGCCUCCAUGUCUUGCUGCAGAGACCAGAAAGCAGGGGCAAAGAUGGGUGAACUUCAAAGAGUUGUUCCCAGCCUGAACCCAUGCUGCAGCACCAUCAGGUGCUUCAGUAGCCUCAAAUCAUGUUCACAGACUUGUUUUCUAGACCUCCAGAAAGGAAGACACCUUUCUGGGGUGGAGGUGGGUGAGAAGUGCUCAGAGAAGAGCAACCAUCAGCCUGUGCUUAUCUCCUGUGAGAAUGUAGCGGAAUGAGGAGAGACAUCAUCAGGAAACAUAUCUUGAGCACGUACACGAAAACUGGAAUAGCAAAUGUGACAAAGUUUUCCAGCUGAACUUUGAAAGGCAUGUGUGGCCUCGUGAAGAGAGAGAGAAGGGAGUGCCAUGUGGAAGGGUUUCCCUUUCCCUCAAUAAAACAGGAAGACAGCCAGGUGGAAGGCAGCCCACAAAGGAGGAGGUGAAAAAUGAGGACUGAAGGAAGGAUGCACUGGAUUAAAAGCACAAGUGUUGGUACCAUGUGUGUGCGUGGGGAGUGGUGUCGCUGUGACUUUUCCAGGAAGAUUCCUUGAAUGACCCAGAAACCCCUCUGAGCACAUCUCGAAAACCAUCUUCACUCAGGCCAUGAGAAACAAGGCUUUAGGCGUUCAAAACACAUCGAGGACGUCACAGCUGGGGAAAAGUUAUGAGAAAUUGAAUCAUCCCCGCCCAAGACAUUCUGGGCUGGCAGGAGACUUACUUAUUUGUUGAUUUAUUUAUACUAGAAUUGUUCUCUGCCUACUCCUUGUUUAGUUUUGUUUUUUAGCUUAGAUAAUCUGACAUGUUCAUGAAGAAAGAAUAUUUCCCCCCUCGCCCUAGACUCUCGCAGAAGAACAGUAGAGCUUGGCAUUCACUGAUGAAUGUCGUAUCUUCUGCGCUCCCUGGGGUUUCUUUACAAUGGUGUCUUAAACUGGCAAAGUAAUCAGAAACACAGCAAGGAGCGGAGUUCAGCAAAGGGAAUUGCAGUUUCUUUAUGCAAGAGACGUGGGUGGCACUAAGUUCCUGGCUCCCUUGCAAUCAUAGCAAGGUAAAAACAUGUGGAAAGGAGUGCUUCACUCAGCAGAUAGUCCCCAUGGGAUCUCAGGAAGCCUCCAUGAAGGGGGCUUUUCAAAGGAUAUCUGAGAGAGGGAGUCGGUCCACAUUCCCUCACAUGGGGAACAAGCAGCUGCUCAUCCUGUGAUGGGAGAGAGCUAAAGUACAGGAGGGGACAAAGGGAGUGAGAUGCCUCCUAUCAGAGAGGAAGGCAAGAGAAAUCAAAGAAUGGGCAGCAAAAAGAGAAAGGGAGGCCAGGUUUAGUGAGGCCAGGAUCUUUCUGGAUGAUCCAGAAACUCCCAGCACUCCAAGGCCACCCUGCCAGCCACCUCAGCAUGAAGAAUGUGAAAAUAGUGUCUUUUCUGGGCUCUAGAAAGGUCCUUACAGAGCAAGGUUCUGGCUUACUGGCUCUGGAUAGCAUGAAGGAAGCCCGGCGUCUACAAAAUACUUUUCAUUCUCCAUUUGUCAGAGCUUUGUGUCCUGUCCUCUGCAGGAGGUAACAGGCCUUGCACUCCAGUGGGCUUUGCUGACCCAUCCCUGCCGCUAGGCAGGUGGGUUCAAUGUUAAGUCCCCUUUUUUGCGGUUUUGAUGAAUGAGCAAGAGCAAGGGAAUGAAGGAGUUGAUUUACGAUCCUCCAUUUUCUCCUCUGAGAUGGGCAGGGUCUCUGCCCGUAUGAACAGGAGGGGGAUAUGGUGAUUAAUUCCCUGGCCUUUAAUCUCACACAGCUCCUACAUGAGGUUUUGGCACUGAAGAUGGGUGUUUGUAGCAAAGGUCCAUCCCCGUUGCAAAGGAUACCCCCACGCACAUGUUUUUAGAGAGCUGCUCUCUCUGCAUCCCUGUAAGAAAGCAAAAUUAUUGUUCCCCGUUUUCCCAGUGGGAUCUGGAUUCCAGUGAUAUGCGCUACACUGUCAGAUCAGUGCCAGUUGGAGCCUGCUCUCCUGACCAGCCCGCUCCAUCUCCAUUCUUGCUCCAGCUUGGCCCCUGUAGAGGAGAGUUUCUGUGAAUUCAGAAAUCAAGAAUCAGUCACUAAAUUGUGCAGGACCAAGACCUUGCAUGGACAGCAUGGAUGUACACAGCUGAUAUUCCCGGGCUAGCAGACAUUUGGACCUGCUCACUACACUCUCUUCCCUGUAGAGCAGCCUAAGGACAGCAAGGACUUCUGCUGGCCAAGGUGUAUCAGCUAAGGGUGGGUGAGUAAUGGACACCACAAGUUAAGACAGCUGGUUGUUAGCAGAGCUGGGUGGGAGAGCCCAGGAGUGGAGCAGUGGUCAGAGUUACAGGCUUCAGGGAAAGUGAAGGCAGUGAAUGCAAUAAGGAGGGAGGCUGCAGAUCGAGCCUGAAGUGUUUCAAGAAUUAGAGAAGGCAUCCCAGCGCCUGGUUUUUACUAGCAUAUUAGUAUCUGAUAUUCAUGUUCUCUGAGAUUCAUCCAAUUCACCAACCAAUGAAUAUUACUAACAUUUCCUGUUGCAGAAAAUACUAUUGACAAAGGAAAAAGAAUGUCAAGAAAGUAAUUUUUAAUGGUUAUUUAUUUAUAUUGAAUGGUACUAGAGCGUUAUUAAAUAUUAUGUGAAUAGUACAAUA